AUGGAUCUGGCUUUGAAUACUAGAAGCACACAAUUUGUGGAGCUUAUAAAUACUUUGGUCAUAAAUGAGCUAGAAGGAUAUAGUGGUCACUAUGAUGAAUGUAAAUUUGCAGGGUAUACAGAUGCAACAACUGAUUUGUUAAAUUUUGACGAUGCUCAGUUUAAGUUUGAGGAUCCAGAGGGUUUGGAAGAAGAAGAAAUCGCAACGUUCAAUGACGCCACACUUUCGAGAUUGAAGGAGAGCCUCUUGAGUUCAAGUUUUCAAAAAGCAUUGUUAUCGACAAUAGAAUCCGUAGUCGAUGAUGAAAACAACAUGUCGAUGAAAAAAAUUUCCCUAACAUUGGACUAUUUGAUGUGGAUAGCGCUUAAAGUGGACAAGACGGCAAAGUUGACGUACUACUAUUGCUUGGAAGCUGUUCUGAACCAACUUUUCUCAUUUUCAACUGAUCAAGUGGAGUCUUUGUGGACAUUCGUGGAGGCAAGAUUACCAACAAUUCAAACACAAUUAUUUGAAAACACUUUUGCAGAGAGGAUUGCAGUUCUCCUGCUUGGGAAUUCGUUGACUGACAAAUACAAUACUCUGAUUACAGGACUGCAAACCAACUCGACAUUGAAGGAUACACCCAAUGAUAGAUUUCAAUCCAGAGUACGAUUAUUUAUGACUCAAUUGCUUGCGAUUGACGACAAUACUGGUCUCAACAAAUACUUCCAUAUACGAAACUCGGUUCCUCCACACAUAGAAACCAAAGAUGUGUUCCUUAGCGAUGUUUUGCAAAUUCAAAAAAUAUUCAACAACCCUUUAUUUUAUCUCAAAAAGAACAAUACAGUGGAGCUCAACAAAAUGACGGAGAAGAUAUACAGAGUUUACGGUCAGUUAGUUGAAGAGGAACUGCGAUUCAGAGAAAAGCAUCCUUUUCCGGAGCAAUUUCUCAUGGUGAAGCCAAAAAGCGAAUCUGAACGAGAAUAUUUACGUCAAAAAUACACAAAACGUGUAUACACUCCUGAGCCUUAUCUUGAGUCCAGUUUCCAAAAGGGAUCAAAAUCAAACGAGCUGCAAAAUGCUGAUUACAAAUUUCUUUAUCACCAAUUGGAGCUUUCAAAGGUUCGAGUGCAAUAUCUUUUGAUGAUUUAUAUUUUGUCAGUGUUUUAUAUUGAGAUGACCCCUAAUCAUAAAACCGAGUUCAUAAAAACUAUUGGCGCUCCAAUAACCACCAAACACAUAACGGAAGAUUCACCAGGAGUUAGUGCCCUUAGAAAGCUCAUCGACAUCAAGAAUGAGCUACCUACAGUAUUGAAAAAUAUUGAUCCUUCGUUGCCUUUUUUGCUUUUACAUUUGGGUAUUGAUGAAAAAAUCUGGUGGAAGUGGUUGCUUCAUGGUAAAGAUGAGCAGAAUAAAGGCUUCUUUGUUGAUAAGAUGUUGCUGCCUGAGGUACUCAGUGGCCAAGAGGACGCAUUUCAGAAAUUGUAUCCCUUUAAAAAUAAAAGAAGUUUCAACACUUUCGUGACACCACAAGUGUCGAAGAAAAUGCGUACUGGGAGAGGCUUAGAACAAUUAAAGCAAACCGCUCAAGUUGAUAUUGAUAAGGCUAUGGAGGAGCUUGAGGGUGUUGAGGGAAAGCUCAAGGAAGAACCCACAGAUGAAUGGAAAGACAUUAAGUCUUCACACUCAUGGAAAUUGCUCAGACGGAAAAGAUGCAAUUGA